UGGCCGAAGGUGAAGCAUAAUUAUAGACAAGUUGAAGUUCAAUCGGAUCUGUAAAGAACUCAGUCCGUUUCGUAAUAUCGAGUCGUGGUUACUCUCCCCGUGCCCUUACUGAGAAAUCAUCACGAUGGGGAGCUCUCCUUGGCUUCUCAUUAGCUUGAUGCUCGCCGCCUGUUCAGCGGGCGGCGGCCAUGCCGGACCGCUGAUUCCGACACGUUUGCGUGUGGAGUACAUGGACAGACCGCUGGGACUGGACGUUGCUCGUCCUCGAUUCAGCUGGGCACUGGAACAUACGGAGCGUGCCGAGGUGCAGACCGCUUAUCAGCUGACCCUUAUGCAAUGGCAGAACAGCAGCAGCGGCGGACUGAACGCCGUGGAGAAGAGUCUGCAAUGGGCUAGAAGACAAAUGUUGGGUUCCGAUGGCUUCGUGUCACUAAUGGAAGGUUCCUCCUUGGCAAGUGUCCAUUGGGAUAGCGGUUGGGUGGAAUCCAACCAAUCGACCAACGUCGAAUACAGUGGUACGCCAGCGUUGCAGAGUGACAGUGUCUAUGUAUGGAUGGUGGCAUACCGUGAUAGCAAAGGUGUUGCCUCAGCGGCUGGAAGUUCGUAUUUCAAUACUGGGCUACUGACGGUUUCAGACUGGAGCGGUGCAGUGUGGUUAGAUGGUGAACAGGGAAAUCAGCUAAGGACAUCGUUUACAAUCAACCCAAAGGUCGACAUCAACAUGUUUUCAACGGAAAACUCAGGCCUUGCUGCCAGCUUCUGCUACGUGGCUGGUCUGGGCUACUACACCAUGCACAUCAACGGCAAGCUGGUCAGCGAUCAUGUCCUGGGACCGUUCACGACGUUUGAGGAGAGACUUCCGUACUACGCGCACGAUGUCACCGACCACUUGCAGAUCGGCGAGAGUAAUGUCAUUGCCGUUACUCUGGGACACGGAUGGUACAGCCAGACAUCAGUACAUGCUGGCGGCCGCUCACUGCUGCUCAAGUGCGGCAUUCAUUUCAACGAUGGAACGUCCAUGGAUGUUGUUAGUAGCACUGCCUGGAAGCAAAUUGCCGGUCCGAUCGUGGCGGACGACAUCUACAAUGGGCAGAUGUACAAUGCAUCCAUGGAGACUGAAUUCUGGGAGAGCACCUUAUACAACGACAGUAGCUGGGCGGCUGCUGCUACUGUGGCUACUCCUCCUACGGGUGUGCUGUCAUGGCCCGCCAUCCAGCCAGUUCGCAAAGUCCAAGCCUACGCGGCAAUCAAGCUCAGCGAGCCGGCACCGGGAGUGUUUGUCUUCGACUUUGGCCAGAACAUGGCUGGUAUCUGUACACUAACUAUGGACAGUCCCGGUGAACCCGGCACCAAUGUCACCCUCUUGCACGCCGAGAUCAUGAGCCCAAACGGCUUUGUCAACCAUCACUAUGGCAACACCGCUGAGCUUUCCACAUACAUCUUUGGUGACAAGGUGUACAGUCAGCCAAUUGUGUUCGAGCCGAAAUUUGUGUAUUCUGGCUUUCGCUAUGUUCAGAUGACUGGAUUCCCCGGUACCCCAUCUCUAACGCGUACACUGGUGGCUCACUUUGUUCACACGGACAUGGAGAUGAGUGGCAACAUCGAGUUUGCGCCCAACGAUCACAUACUGAACAGUGUGCAGCACAUCACACGCGCCGCUAGUCUCUCCAACUUCAUAGAUAUCCCAACCGACUGCCCCCAACGCGAGCGACGUGGCUGGCUGGGGGAUGCACAGUUGUCAGCUGAGACGACUUUGAACAACUUUGAUAUGGGUGCAUCUUACACCAAGUUCAUGAGAGAUAUCCUAGACUCGCAAAUCCAGAUUGCAAAGGCAACACCGAAGAUAGCGGGUGCCGUGCCCGACUGUGUUCCAUGGUACCACCAUGGUGGUGCGCCGGCCGAUCCUGCCUGGGGAACUGCAUACACGCUCAUCUGGCAAUGGAUGUACCAGUACUAUGGCGAUGAUCGUAUGCUCGCCACAUAUUAUGAUGGUGUUGCCCAGCACAUGGAUCAGCUGAUUGCAGAGAGCAAUCACACGUCAGGCCUGCUGGAAUUCUCGCGAUACGGCGACUGGUGCUCUCUACAGCAUGGUGGUGGCUGUAGAAAGAGCAGUGCUCUUGUCUCCUCCUUCUACUUCAUACUGCAAAUGGACGCCCUGGCUAAUGCCGCCGCGAUGCUGGGGAAAGCGGAUGACGCAAAGAAAUACUCUGACCUCGCCAAAUCAACCAGGGAGGCCUUCCAGGGAGCGUUCUACGACAAGGACCAGCAGAUGUAUAUCGACCCAAACCUUGGUCCCCAGACCAGUGUUCCACUGGCCUUAUUCCUCGGUGUCGUGCCAGAGGAUCAGGUGGAGGCGGUGGUUGGCAACCUCAUCACCGAUAUUGUUACAGCAAACACAUACCACAUGAACACAGGUAUUGUCGGUACCAAGUACCUGCUGCCAAUGCUGAGCAAGUAUGGUCACCAUGACGUUGCCAUGGCACUGGCCAGUCAGACGACGUUCCCCAGCUGGGGCUACAUGGUGAUGCAGACGGCCACUACGCUGUGGGAGAGCUGGAAGGGCGACGAGUUCACGGCGGUCAGCUCUCGCAAUCACAUCAUGUUUGGUGGCCAGUCGUCCUGGUACUACCAGUACAUUGCCGGCCUGAACGUGGCGCCGGUGUCCAAGGGCUGGGAGAGCAUCGUCAUUGCACCGUACAUCACCCAGGCAAUCCCCGGUGCUGGUGGAGAUCUUGCCGGUGCGGACGCCACGAUCAUCACGGCCCGGGGCAGCGUUCGCUCUUCUUGGACAAUGGCAUCACCCGCUUGCGCCACAGGCACUGAGAACCAGGACGUUACUCUCGCCUGUGCGGGUCCAAGUGGAACCAUCGCCAAUAUCACAUUUGCAUCUUUCGGAACACCAAAGGGUAGUUGUGGCAACUUUUCAAUCUACAACUGCUCCUCUCCAAACUCCAUGGACAAAAUCAAAGCACUGUGUGUUGGCAAGCACAGUUGCUCCAUCACGGCAUCCACCAAAUUCUUCGGCGGUGACCCAUGCUUUGAUGUGAAGAAAUCGCUGGCAGUACAAGCAACAUGCACGGCAGGCUCGCCGUACACCAUCUCCAUCACCGUGCCGGUGGGCAGCAGUGCAUUGAUGCGCGUGCCACUGCCCAAGGGAACAUCAUCAAGCCAGUGGUUGGUUAGCGAGGGCUCUACCGUUGUAUGGAAGAGCAAUGCCUUCGUCGCUGGUGACCCUGGUGUCAGUGCCGCUGCGGCGACAAGCACCUACAUUGAAUUUACCGUCGGCUCUGGAAACUAUGUUUUCAGUCUAGUGGCUGAGGAGUAACCAGAGCCGACACAAGAAGUGCCUAGAAGCCUGCUGUCAAAGUGUUACGGGCACUAUAAUUCUCCUCAGUAUGAAAUGCAUGAAUCAAUUCACAUGGUUAGCUUCAUGUGGCCAUGCUGGCAUUUAUCAGAAUAUUUAUUAUAAUUAUUGAAUCGUAAUUUUCGUAAUUUUUUUUAACUUUCCUCUAAGUCUUUGUUCCCGAAUGCUAAGCCUGGAUGAGGUGUGUGUGUGUGCAUUGCGCCAGGGAGUCAUAGCACCUAUAAGGGAGACGGCACGGGUGACUGGAAUGUGAAACGUCGGGGGGUUUCGCUCCUGGGCUACCCCGGUUUCAGUCGCUGCCUUGUGGCAGGGUCGCGUUAUGCACGCUCGCAUAUGACAUCGCUGGUCAUGGUUAGCUUCAUGUGGCCAUGCUGGCAUUUAUCAGAAUAUCAGAAUAUUAAAUAUUCUGAUAAUUAUAAUAAAUUUUAUUAUAAUUAUUGAAUCGUAAUUUUUUUACUUUCCUCUAAGUCUUUGUUCCCAA